AUGGCAGAUUCAAUGCAGCAGGUAGUCAGGGUGUACUUAGAAGAUGCAAUCAUGUGUGAACGGCCCCCGAGAUGGGCCAAGCACGCCGUCGACUUUUUCUACGUGGCCCCUGCAUCUAAUUUUCUUUCCACGAACCCGCUACGUACUGGCUUAGCCGACGCUACUGCUAAUGAACUCCGGGCCUCUGUCUUGGACGCUGCUCUUCAGUUGGGUCUCAUGCGCGACGACCGCUUUGCGGAAUGGAUCUUCGAUGACCGGGUCGUGACUCCAAAUCCCGGGGCGGGGGAGGUUGACAAACGGAGGGGCGAGGAAAUUCCACAAGAGAGUUCGGUUUUACCAGGAGGGGACGGGAUGGCAGGCGACAUGAGCUCUGCAAACAGUUCGUCGACGUCGCUGAAUUUGCAGGUCAAGCAGCUCGAGGAGGCGUACACGGCUCUUGCAUCAACCCGCCUGACCCGUGCGGCAACGCGCAAGGGGGGACGCACUGGUCCAUCUCACCAGGCCUCACAGAGCGAGGUGCUUUCGUUCUCCAGGCAGGACGCCGUAGCGGGAUCAUCGAGCACCCUUGCCCGAAGCGCGACAUUCUCGUCCCGCUCACCGACGACGCUGCAGAUCGAUCCCGCAAAGUCCAAUGCGCCAUUUAUCACCGUGACACACGACGACGAACACGACGACGACGACCGAGAGGUCUCCUACGUUUCGACAAUCUGGGGGAAAGAGCUGCUGCAGUCUUACGAUAUCGAGCUGACGAGUGCGCCUCCCACACCGGUCUCGAAUUCGCCAUUGUCCAGGGGACCCCCGCUUCCUUCUGCUUCGUCGUCGCAGAGCUCCUUGCACAACCCCGCGCGGAUGCCGCCUCUUCUCUCCGCCUCUCCCACAAAUGCUUCAUUUACGUCUUCGGACAAUUCUUUGCUCCACACUCCAGCUGAAGUGUCUAUUCCCCCUGCACGCAGGGUCCCCCCUCCUGCAAUCAACAUUCCCUCCGAAGAUACGACGCCUAGGCUCCCUCCUACCCCUCCGUUGGUCGUGAAGAAACACCACCCCACCUCACCUGGGUCCGGGCACUUCGUUCCAAUCACUCCGAGUUCGUCGAUAUCACAGUUAUCAUCCCCUCCCCCAACUCCCUAUUCCGCAGCAUCGCCUGAUUCGCCGACGUUACCUUGGACGAAAGAUCAACUAGGCGACAGAAGCUCAGCUCGCAACAAGCUGUCUCCCUCGAAACCUUUGCCCACUCCUAAUAGCACACCAUCGUCCCCUUCUCAGUCGCCCUACACCUCUCUUUUUAGCCGACUAUCUUUCAGACGCAAGUCGAAGAACUCGGUAGCAUCAGCUGGAUCGGGGAAGGACCUACCACCGAUUCCACCGUCUUCACACCCAUCCCCUUUGUAUCCUCCGCCCUCUCCAUACGCAUCUCGCACAGUCAACGCCAAAGCAUUGUCUUCACCGCCUCCAAAGACAACGACGCGCGUGCCUAUUACGAUAAGUCAUGUCUCUAUGGAUGCGUUGAAAUCAUCUACAUUAUCCCCGUCUCCAAUAACACCUUCGCCUAAACAACAGAUACGAGGUCGUAUUUCGCCGUUUCCCGUCCGGCCGAUAAGAAAGCAACCUCUUUCUCCGUCUUCCAGUACUCUACCUUCUCCAGCAUCACCAGUCCCUCCUUCGUAG